AUGGAACAGACACAGUCGGGUACCGGCCAGCAACAAGGUCGCCAGCAGCCGGUAUAUGACACCAGGAAUGGCGGUCAUUAUGGUGCCAGCGCGGCGCUUUCCGCUCAAGGGUAUGCGCCUGUACCCGAAUUAUACACUGGACAAUGGGCAAACGUCAGCCAAGGCCUCCAGGGCAAUUCACGCGACAUCCUCACGACAUACUGGCAGCACACAAUCAACCACCUCGAGUCCGACAACCAUGACUACAAGCUUCACCAACUGCCUCUAGCCCGGAUAAAGAAAGUGAUGAAAGCCGACCCGGAAGUGAAAAUGAUCUCGGCAGAAGCCCCCAUCCUCUUCGCCAAGGGCUGCGACAUCUUCAUUACAGAACUCACUAUGCGCGCCUGGAUACACGCGGAGGACAACAAGCGCCGCACCCUGCAGCGCUCAGACAUCGCUGCCGCCCUCUCAAAAUCAGACAUGUUCGACUUCCUCAUCGACAUCGUCCCGCGCGAAGAGGCGACACCACACGCGAAAAGGUCAUCGCAGACCGGCGCACCUUCCGCAGCGGCAACUGCUGGAGCCCCUCCUCCCGGCACCACGGGGUCAGGUCAGCUCCCGCCCCAAUCUCAGCCUGGUGUCCAGCAUCCGCAGCAGCACCACCUGGGUCCUCCGGAUUAUGGCCCGCUUGGCCAGCAUCCUAUGGGACCGGAACAGGAUUAUCGCCAGCAGCCAGGGAUGUAUGGCGGAGCGGUGCAGUCGGAUCCGGGGGCGUAUGGACAGCCGCAGCCGCAGAUGUUUGAGAAUAUGUAUGCGUCGUAUUCGCAUAUGCCUCCGCAACAGUGA